AUGACUCGUUACAUGCUCGCAAUGGCUCUUAGUGCCUCAGCCUGGGCCUCUAUUCCAGAAUAUAUAUUGUCAUUAAAACUUUUAUUUUAUUGUAAUAAUCCAACAGAUUAUUCUAUUAAAAUUAUUUCCAAUCCUAAGGACUUGAGUAUUUUAAACUUUCUUAAUUAUCUGAAAGAUAAAUUGGUAUUCACAUCAGACAGCAAACAAGAAGUCCAGGAUGCGCUUACAAGAACGGUCGAAAGGGUUAUUGAUUCGCCUAUUGAAAUUGUUGAAUUUUUUGCGGAAUUGGACAAGGAGUUUGAGGCAAGGCAAAAUCGACGAAAUCUCGAGAUGUCUUAUGAUAAUUAUAGCUCCGAACUACUACAAAAGUCUGGUGAUUUAAAUACAUCGAGACUUUCAUCUUAUUAUAUGACAAUGUCUGCCGAAUUUCACGAAAAGGGAGAAUCAACUUCUGAUCAAAGCAAUUAUGUUUCAAGAAAAAGACGAGAUGUUUGUUUUAAUGAGGAGCGAACAAUAAAGAAGCAAUAUCAAGAUGGAUAUACUGCGUCACCUUCACUUGAUAAAAAUGAACAAGAUGCAGAUUUUGCUGUUGAACAGGAUACGGAUAAAAUGUAUUACCAGGAUCUGUCAUCAGUUAAGACUUCAUUAAAUUCGGCUAUCGAAAGGCCUCUUAAUAGUGAAGGUGCGAUAGAUGUUGAAGUCCCAAUCUCCAAGCGACCUCAAAAGGCAGUUGCUUCUAAGAGUAAUAAAAAUAGAAAUGAAGAGUCGGUUGAGGAACAUAUUUCCCAAGAAGAUUUGUUAAACUCGGUGAACGAAACAUCCAAUACCUUCAAGCAAAUAGAGUUCCCAACGUAUUACGAUAAACUAAAAACCAUAUGGAACACUUAUUGUGAACUAGAAUCGCUGUUCGAGAGACUAUCGUUAGAGGAUGAGAAUGAACAUAUGAGUAAGACUGCACAAGAAUAUAUGAUGCUGUUCGACCAAAUUAUAGAAGAAUCUUCGGAUGAAGAGGGAGAAGAGGAUGCGGAGGAUGUUGAAGAGGGGUAUGCGGGGAAUGUUGCUGAAAAUGGUAUCGAAAUUGAAGAUGAAUCUGCUUCCGAAAUGGGAAAAAUAACACAUAGUUUGAAUGGAACAGCCAAAAAACUUCGAUUCCUAUCAAACACCAUUCCCAUUCCGGUGCAUGACUAUGAUCAAUCCCAAUUUCCAGACGUACAUAUUAUUAAAAGUGUUUCCAGCCACUUAGAUGCUGUCACUAAAAUGAAAGGCAUUGUGAAGAACACUACUGAACGAUCAUGGACAUCGCAUAUUUUAGCUUAUCUUUUUUUUAUUACAUUUAGUUUUCUUGAUUCCGUGCAAUAUUUUUCUUGCGAGCGGACUAUUUCUACGAAGAUGGAUUCUCAACCUACAGAUUAUAGAGCGGAUGGAGUAGCUGAAUUCUUUGAACGUCCAAAACAAAUCCCGUUGUUUCUGCUUGAAGUUUCUGGAGGCCCUGGUGAUCCGGAUCCCGAUAAGUUCAAAACCGAUAGGCACAAAUUAAUGAGUGAAGGCGUCUUCGCUCUUAACAAAUUUAUGACGAAAACAGAACUUCCAACAUGGAACGUUCGUAAAACAUUGGGAAUUUUCCUUGCUCAGGCAUUUGGUGAUGAGCUCGAGAUCGGUCAGAUUAUUUAUAUUGGUCCAGGAUUAUACCUAUUUUCACCAUUUACGAUACCUAAUCUAAUUAUUCCAACUUCCGCUACUAAUUUGGAACACGUGCCUCGAAUAAUUCGAACAUUAUUAUGUUUGCGAUAUAAUGUUGUCAAGAAGAUUGAAAAAUUCAAGAAAUUCGAAAGAAGGGGACAACGUCGUAUCAUGAAACCCAUAACUAAAUAUGCUACCGGGGUUUCACCAGGCCGGCUUAGAACUU